AUGCUGCGGUCCACUCUCUGCCUCACGGGGGUCCGCCUGCCGAUCGUCAUCAUGCUCGCGCUCAAGGGCGUCGAUUCGCUUCUUCAUCUGCUGAGAUACCUCCUGUUCCUUGCCACUGGGCUGAUCGCCCUCAUGAACGCCGUGGUGCUCGCCUUAUCCGUCAUCACCCGCGUGCUCUACCUUUCCGGUGAGCCCCGCGCCUGGGACGAGGCCGAGGUCGCGCACACGCCUUUGCCAGGAAACGAGGCCAUCCUCCACGGCCUCCAGAGCACGGACCGCACCGACCUCAAGCGCCGCCGUCGCCUGCUCGAGGUCGCCGUGUCGCAGAACGUCGCGUUCCUCGAGCGCCUGGAGCGCGAGUAUGCCCGCGAAGCCGGGCUGGUAGUGUCCGCCAACGUCGAGACGCUGCGCGAGAUUGUGCGCCGCGACCUUGCUGCUCUGCGCCGCGUAGCUGGCGUGUUUACCAACCGGUUUGGCGCCAACGAUGCCGUCGGCCCGGAAAAGGUGGACGUGUAG